CGAUAUAUCCCGAAACUCUGUAGUCUGUACCCGCCGUAGUACACUAGUACCAGUUGGCUGCGCUUCCUGUCAAAAACCACCUCUCUCUCUCUCUCUCUCUCUCUCUCUCUCUCUCUCCACACGCACACAGUAUAAUUUCAAUUUUUCUUAGCUCUACCUCUCUCUCUCUCUCUCUCUCUCUCUGGAGGCACUUGUUAUAAAUCUUUAUCUUCUUCUCUGUUUGUUAAAUUUCAGAGGUUUUUGAAGGGUUUUCUUUUCAUCUGAGAUUAUUGAAAUUGAUUGAUUGAUUUCACAAAUAUAGUUGUAACAAUUGAAACGUAAUAUAUAUCUAUACAUAUGGGAGCUUCUAGCAACAACCCAAUUGAUGAGGAUGCUUCCAACAACCACCCAAUUGAUCCCCCUCCUCCUAUUCAAAAGGCUGGAGAAUCAAGUGAAAUAAUCGAAGAAAAUGCAACAAGUCAACACCAAAGGCCACCCCUUUUUUUAGAGAUACCUCCUAGAACAUUUGAUGGCUCCACAGAGGAUUUUGUGAGGAUAAACAUGCCCGCAUCACCAUGUCCAACUCCGAAAAGAGUGAAUUUUUCUCCAAUACCCAGCCCUAGUUAUGCCAAAUUCAAUGGGUCUCCAGGUUCAUCUAGAGGUAAAUCAUCCAUGAAAAGCCUACUUCCUAAACUAAGCUUCAAAUUCCGGAAUUCCACUGCAGAUAUUGAAAAGGCUGCUAUCCUAGCUCUGGGAGGUUCACAUUCAGGGACACGAGAGAAGCCCUUGAUUCCAAGGACAUUUUCUCUUACAAAGCUUUUCAAUCCCAAAACUGAAAAAACAUCAUCUUUACCUGUUACUCCAAUUGCACACUCGAAUCCAGAGUCUACACAUGGAGGGAACAGAGUCGAUGCUCUAAAUUCUUCUAAAGAUGAGACGUAUCUUCCUAUUCAUCGUUCACAUUCAGUUCCUGUGUUAGAUAAAUAUGAAAGCAUGAAGCAGAUGGAUGCCUCAAGUGGUGUAUUUCGUGUAAUUCCCACUACUCCACGGGUGGCAGAGGGAAUUGCUGUGACAUCAAACACAACUCCAAGUGAUGCUGAUGCAAAUGAUGAACAUGGUGAAAACAUUCCUGAAGAAGAAGCUGUUUGUAGAAUCUGCUUGGUCGAACUGGGGGAGGGUGCUGACACCCUCAAGAUGGAAUGUAGCUGCAGAGGUGAGCUUGCAUUGGCUCAUCAAGAAUGCGCUAUAAAAUGGUUUAGCAUCAAAGGUAACAAGACAUGUGAUGUAUGCAAGCAAGAGGUUAAGAACCUUCCUGUCACUCUUCUACGUAUUCAAAAUGUUCAGUCCCAUAACAUGCGAGGAAUUGGAGCUGGGCAAGUUGAAGUUACUCAAUACAGGGUUUGGCAGGAUGUUCCCGUUCUUGUCAUUGUCAGCAUGCUCGCUUACUUUUGUUUUCUAGAGCAGCUUUUGGUUACAAAGAUGGGCUCUGGUGCAAUUGCCAUAUCUUUGCCUUUUUCCUGUAUAUUGGGUCUGCUUGCAUCUAUGACAUCAACAACUAUGGUAAGGAGAAGAUAUGCCUGGUUGUAUGCAACUAUUCAGUUUGCAUUGGUUGUUCUCUUUGCGCAUGUUUUCUACACGCUGCUUAAAGUGCAGGCCGUUCUAUCAGUUCUCCUUGCCACUCUGGCUGGGUUUGGAGGUGCAAUGACUGGGACCUCUGUUAUUCUCGAGUUUUUAAAAUGGAGGAGGAGGUGGGAUGCGCGGCCAAAUCAGCGACAGGGUUCUCAGGAUCUGACAUCGCCUGAAACUUCACUUACACCUCAAACAGAAGCCAACCCCCAUGAAGCUGAAAUUGGGAACUCGGGAAUUGAGCGCGGAAGUUGAUUUGUGCAUUCAUGCCAUUAGCAGUAGCAGAACAAGAAAAUGAUCCAGCUUGUAUAUAAAACAAAUUGUAUGUAGAUCUCAGACAACAUUUUAUUUUUUGAUUCCUCUCUAAACAGUACAGUAUCUUCAGGAUCCUAUUGUGUUAACCCAGUUUUGGAGAGGAGGUUUUACAGUCCCAAUUCGUAUAUUUGGUCUAAUAUUUGACUUUAUAGGUUAAUAUUUCUGCAGAAGAUGGGGAUAAAUCAUUUUGUUUCUUCUCCGGUU